AUGCCACUUGGCCAUCCCUAUUCCACAGGGGAGGGCAACUUUGGGAGGGUAGAAUUUGGAGUGGAGAUGGUGCCCAUGGAGAUUUAUGUGGAGGACUUUUCCACUAUUGAUUGGCAAGCCCAGAGGAACAAUAUUCACGAAACCGAUUUGCAAGCUGCACACAGCUGGAUGCUGGAUGCCGCAUAUGCUACCUUAAAUUUGUACGAGAGAUACCAUUUCACCAGUUUCAGAAAGAAAGCCAUUGCAGAAAUGUAUGAGCAAAUCAAAGCUGAUGACAUAUUCUCAAAUGCCACCAAUUCUAGUCCGAUUUGUAAAGUGUUUCAUAUGCUAAUAAGAAAGCAAGUUGAUGGAGCCAAUUCUCCAGCUUUUCAAGAACAUAUCUCCAGACUUUAUGACUACCUUUGGAUGGGACAAGAUGGUAUGUUAAUAAAGUUCAUAGGAUCACAGACCUGGGAUACAUCAUUUACCAUUCAAGGCUUAUUGGAGGCUGGGGUUCAGAACAAUCCUGACUAUGCAUCCUGUCUGAAAAAAGCCCAUGAAUUCUUGAAAGCCUCUCAGGUUGUAGAUAACCCACCUAACUACCAGAGAUAUUAUCGCCAGAUGAACAAGGGUGGAUUCCCCUUCAGCACUCGAGAGAAUGACUGGAUAGUGUCUGACUGCACUGCUGAGGCCAUGAGGACACUGAUGCUGCUGGAGGAAAAAUGCCCCUUCAUAGAAGAUCAUGUGGCACCUCAGCGCCUCUUUGAUGCUGUCAACGUGAUUCUGAGCAUGAGAAAUUCUGAUGGCGGUUUUGCUGCUUAUGAAACCAGACGAGGGAGUAGGCUACUGGAGAUAAUGAACUGCACGGAGUUAUAUGCUGACUGUAUGAUAGACCACACCUAUACAGAAUGCACUUCAUCCAUAAUGCAGGGAUUGAAACAUUUUGGGAAAAGAUUCCCAAAUCACCGGGAAGAUGAAAUCAGUGAUACUCUAAGUAAGGCUUUGCAGUUUUGUCGUAAAAUGCAGAAAGCUGAUGGCUCCUGGUUAGGGCGAUGGGGCGUAUGCUUCACAUAUGGCACCUGGUUUGGACUCGAGGCAUUUGCAUGUAUGGGAUUCAUCUACCGUGGUGGGGAGGCAUGCAAGGAAGUGACCAAAGCCUGUGAAUUCUUAGUCUCCAAGCAAAUGGAAGACGGUGGCUGGGGAGAGGAAUUUGAAUCCUACAGGUUUCGCAAAUAUAUUCAGCACACCGUAUCCCAGAUCCACCAAACCUCUUGGGCUCUGUUGGGGCUAAUGGCUGUUAGAUAUCCUGAUGUUCGGGUUCUGGAAAGAGGAAUACAAGUUUUGAUUGACAGACAGACAUCGAUUGGGGAGUGGCCUCAGGGUGACAUCGCUGGAGCAUUCUACAAAUCUGGUACUCUGCAUUACAAUGCCUACCGAAUCAUCUUCCCUAUCUUUGCACUUGCCCGCUUUACCCGGCUAUAUCCCAGCAGCCCUGUCGCUAAAGAACUCCUGAAGAAUGGAUCUGUGCAUUCAGAGCAGAGUCAGAAUGGAGGGUGCUGAGCACAGGUGCACUGUCAUCAUCCCUGAGGGUUUCAUCCUUCUCAACAUCACCCAGUUCUCUCUUGGUUGAUAUUUGCUGUGUAGCAUGUGCUGUUUUUCUUUUAUUAUAAUGCCACAUGAAUUAUAAUGCCACUUGAAACAUCCCUGUAAGAUCAGAAUGAAGGG